UAAAUCUCGUUGUCUUCGUACCUUAAACGUUGAUGUCGUUCACCCUUUUGAAGAAGUUUUGUUAGAUAGUCUGCAAAAGCACCAAGACUCCUUGGCAACCCCGUUACGGCUUCCAACACAUUCAAAAGAAUGGGUAGAAACUAUCUGGAGUAAUAUCGAGGGUUUUUUAAAUACUACGGAUAAUCUGCCUCCUACUUCAAUAAAAACAAGUGAAAUUUGGGACAUUCUUCUCAAAUUAUGUGGAUUGUAUAAUCGAAAUGAUUGUGAGCUUGAGCUAAUUAUGUCUAUUAUUGAGAAGGGACUAAAACUUGGAAAACUUUCUUUUUCUAUUUUGCACAGCGGCAAGUAUUUUAUAAAAGCCUUUAAAGAAUAUUCUGUAUUGAACAAAUUUUGUGACCUAUUUUAUCGGACGGUCACUCUUUCAGAUAAGACGUGGUCUGAUGUUUUACGGCUCGUAAGGCUCAUUGUUAACAGCAACUUUCACACUGGGGCAUCUUUGUUCCCCGAGAUCCUUCCCAAGCUGGACCAUUUGGUCCAAAAACUUUUAGCAGGAAACGAAUGCAUUCCUCUUUUCUGGGUUCUUGCGGAAGUUAUGCAAGGAAAAGAGAUUGGGGCCCAUCUAUCACCUUUUUUUACGGUAUGCGCUCUUGAACGUCGAGUGAGUGAUUUAUUCGAACGAUUCCGGUACUUCAGUAGCAUUCUGGUCUUUAAAGUUAGAUUUGAGCUGGUCCCUUACCUGAGCACCAUAAGUUACUGGGAGCUCACUUUUGGCGGAGCCACCAAUUACAAGAUGCUUAAAUAUUUGCCAGCAGAACAUGACGAUAGCGAAUUUCGCGAACACUUUUUUUAUCGGAUGCUCCACCAGCAACGGGCAGAUGAGUAUUUUAAGAAAUUGACGGAUAGCGACCACAAACGUCUGCAGGCCGCCAUGGCUAAGUGGAUUGCCGAUUUAGCGCGACAAGGGGAUAAUGCAGUCGCGGAGAAGGCUGCUGUCGAGAGAAAAUGGAAGUUGGUAGCCGACCAGUUGUGCUCGUGGGCGAUUGCUGGGAAGUUGGAUUUGCUUUUACUGUUGAAAAAAAUAAGAGAAGAAUAUAGGAGAGCCGCACGGUCUGAACUUCGGAGUAACAGAGUUGUGUGGCUUGUGGCCAGCGUCAUUGUUUCCGACAAAAUCCAGCAGGUUUUCAGACAGUCACUCGACCAUGCGUUGGGUGUAAUGAAAGAAGUUCUAUUUGACAAGACUAGCAAUAGGGAGAAGGUCGUGGACGAACCAGUAACCGACUGUUAUCUGGAAAGCUGUGCUGAGGUUGAAACAAUCUUUGACAUGUUAUUUAGUCUUCAAGAGAGUCACGCUGGAAGUCACCUGGACGUUCCUCUCAGCGACACCUCUACAGACGUCAAGGAUCUCGCGAUGGCCUGUUUGCUUAGAAGAUUGAAGAGCAUUUAUCAAAAUUGGCGGUUAGCCUUUGAAAGACUCUACCCGGUUAUCAAAAGCCCUCCGCUUGUAUUGCAGCAAAGAAUGGUUAGCACAAUGGUGGACUGGUUUCGCGCGGUGUUCUCACACGGGGGCAUGUCUGACGAUGAUUGGUCCACGAUUUGCGUCUUGAGCUUCUGCCCCGCCACCGAAAACCUCAUUAGGUUUAUCUACAGAAAACUCUCUGCAGAUGACAGCAAGGGGGAGUUGUGCUUUGGCCUGAGAUUCGAGGGGACUAAGACGCCUGUGUCUAUUCGUUGUUUGGACAACCUGUCCAUUUAUGUUAUACUGAAGUUUCUCGACAUGUUUAUAGUCGACGUACUUCCCCUCAAUGGACAGGACUUCCCCAAAGUUUUGUCGCCUGGAGCCCUGGAGACCUUCGCGAGAUGUUUCUACAUUGUGCCGUGCGCUGUCAACACGGCUACCCACUGCCCCGAGGCCCCCACAAAAAGCUACAAUGAAAAGUUCAUGUCUACUGCGCGUCAAUCCCUUUACCAGCCCAAAACAUUGCCAAACUUACGGAGCGCCCACAUGUUACUGGAGCUCGCGUCCUCUCGAUUAAUAUGCCACUUUCUAAGGCUUGCUGGCCUUACGCACGCCGUCCUGUACACCGUUAAGCGAGAGAAAGCUCCUCUAUUAAAAAAUCGCCAGCUCGCUUUCCAGUAUGAGACGCUCAUUAUCAAGUAUCUCCUGUUGCACGAAAUGCCUUUCAAGUAUUAUGGAAUACUCCUGAACACCAUCCUCGAGCAUCAUCGGAGUGUCAACAUCCGCCGUGCAGCCCUUCAUCACGGUGCCCUUCUACUUUCGUGCGGCUCAUCCUUGUUUUCGAUGGACACCCUCGCUGCUUCUUUUCCUUAUGUUUGGGUGGAUGCCAAAUGUAAAUACCACCAACCCGACCCAGUAGAGGAAACCCUCGCCGCCUGCUUCUCCAAAUGUUUUGAAGAAAGCGCCAUUUUUUUUUCUGAAAGAUCCGCUUCCCAUUUACCUGGUUACUUUACCUUUUUCAAAGAAGCAAGGCGGCAGGCCUGGUCGCCUCGCAUGCAUCCUGCGCGAGUACAAGUCGAGCUUUCACGGACUCUUCCCUCCGGAAGGACUGUAUAUGAGUUUUUGUCGGAAGGCAAAAAAAAGGACAAAAAAAAAGCGCAGCACUCUAAAGCCGCUGAUUUUGCUGCCUUUUCGACUCAUUUCCAGGAUCCUGGCCAUUCUCACGCGUUUCUAUGUGUUCUUUGGCUGGUGUGCGAGGGUGUACCUGGAAGCGCCCUCGCUACUCCGCUUCAAACGGCGAAGACUAUUCUUCAACUUUGGGAUUACGAAUCGUUUUCUUUUCUUGUUAAGAGCCUCGUGGAUUUUAUUAUCGAAGAGAUCUACACCUCCACCUGCCCGUCGCAUGCAACCCUUGAAGGGGAUAUCGAGGUCGCUAUCAAGGAGAAAGCUGCUUUGCUAGAAGCGUUGAUUUGGGAAUGGCAGAUUUUUACUAUGAACGAUGUAUUGUUUUCCUUAUGCGCAGGGGACGUGGACGCCGUCAGAGAAGACAUCUGCUUGGGACUCAUCGAAGAACUUUUGCAUGGUUCCGGGUUCAUGAGGCGCUAUGAACACUUUCUAGCGCUCGGCUAUAACCCAAAUUUUGAAGUCGAUGAGUGGGAAUGGACGGACAGACUUGUGAAGUUUCAGACGGAAUUUCCGGAAUACUUCCACUUCGAAAAACUGGCGGUUAAGCGUAGCGACGUUAAACCAGUCGAGCCCCUGCCACUCUACUACGACCAUCCCGUUAUACGCACUAUACCAUGUUUUGAGCUUCUUAUUCACCGGCUUAUUGAGUACGACCAGACGCAUCUGUUAGUAAAAGUAAUAACCAAUUUUUAAAAGGUACUUCUCUCGAGUUUUACGAAAAUUCCUGCUU